AUGAAUAUAUAUAUAUUUUUGCUAAUCGAAAUUUUAGGAAUACAUAUAUUUAUUAAGUGCUCUGCGGAAUGCGUAAAAGAAAAUUACCCUGAUCAUAUUGAAAAGAUAACAACACGUAACAGAGGAGAAUGCCCAUAUAAAUUAAUUUAUAAGCCUUUGCCGAAGGGUAUUGUAAUAGAAGACGUUAUAGAACUUCUAAAUAUAGAGUUUCAAGCAACAAUUUAUUUUUUGUUUUUGGAAUUAUUGCCUCUCAACAAACACAAGGCAGAUAAAACAGACAAACGAGAACUAUUUUCAAGAAUAAGCUUCGAUUAUCUUGAAUUACCUAUUCUUUAUUUUAUGAAACACCUUGGAUAUAGUUUUAAGGAUGAGAGAUCCAGAAAUAGCUGUAUUAAUAGAAUGAAAAAGCGUCUUGAUUUAAUUGUAAUUGAAGGUAUCUUAACAAAGGAAUAUUGCGAACGAGCUCAAAAAUAUUUCUGGAUUGAACAAAGAGUAAUUGAGGAAAUGUCCGUUAAGGUAUUUAAAGAAAAAACUGAUGACAAGCAAAGGAAUAUGUGCCAAAACGAACUUGCAAUAAAAAGUCUUAUAAGCAAAUUAGAAAGAGGUAGGAGCAUAUAA